AUGCCUUCACCACCAGGAAAGACACAACUUCACUAUACACCUCCAGAUGGAGGAUGGGGUUGGGUUGUUGUUGGAGCAUCUUUUAUCUCCAUUGGAUUUUCAUAUGCAUUCCCCAAAGCUGUCACAGUAUUCUUCAAAGAAAUUCAGGAAAUAUUCAACACGUCCUACAGUGAAAUAGCAUGGAUAUCCUCCAUCAUGCUGGCUGUUAUGUACGCAGGAGGUCCCAUAAGUAGUGUUUUGGUGAAUAAAUAUGGAAGCCGUCCAGUGGUGAUAGUAGGAGGUUUAUUGUGCUGUUUGGGAAUGGUCUCCGCCUCUUUUAGUACCAAUGUUGUAGAGCUUUACAUCACUGUGGGAUUCAUUGGCGGUUUAGGUUUAGCCUUCAAUCUGCAACCAGCCUUAACGAUAAUUGGCAAAUACUUUUUAAGGAAACGACCUAUGGCAAAUGGAUUGGCCAUGGCGGGAAGUCCUGUUUUCUUAAGUACAUUGGCUCCUUUCAAUCAGUUUCUUUUUAAUACUUAUGGCUGGAAAGGAAGCUUCUUGAUUUUGGGAGGUAUAUUUUUGCAUGCCUGUGUGGCUGGGUCCCUUAUGCGACCUGUUGGAACCCAACAAACUAAAAGCAAGUCUAAAAAUAAGAUUGGCAUAAAAGGGGAUGAAGCAAAUGUGAAGUCAAGCCAUAAGAAUAAAUCAACUUGGGAAAAAAUUAAUAAGUAUUUAGAUUUCUCACUUUUUAAGCAUAGGGGCUUUCUUAUAUAUCUAUCUGGAAAUGUUAUUAUGUUUCUGGGAUUUUUUGCCCCUAUUAUAUUCUUGGCUCCAUAUGCUAAGGACAAGGGAAUUGAUGAGUAUUCUGCAGCUUUUUUGCUGUCUGUUAUGGCUUUUGUUGAUAUGUUUGCUAGGCCUUCUGUAGGACUAAUUGCAAACUCCAAACUUAUCCGACCUCGAAUCCAGUACUUCUUCAGUUUUGCGAUCAUGUUCAAUGGAAUCUGUCAUCUGUUGUGCCCACUUGCUGAGGACUACACAAGCCUGGUGGUGUAUGCUAUAUUCUUUGGCAUGGGAUUUGGAAGCGUUAGCGCUGUCCUCUUUGAAACUCUCAUGGACCUUGUUGGUGCUCCGAGGUUUUCCAGUGCUGUGGGACUCGUCACAGUUGUAGAGUGUUGCCCAGUUCUUCUUGGUCCUCCUCUUGCUGGUAAAUUGGUGGAUGAAACUGGAGAAUACAAAUACAUGUACAUGGCCUGUGGAGCUAUUGUGGUCUUCUCGAGCAUGUGGUUGCUCAUUGGCAAUGCAAUAAACUACAGAUUGCUCGACAAGGAAAGGAACUUGGAAGAAGCAAAGAAGAAAACACAUAAACUUGAGUCCAAGCAAUCUGUACCUUUGAACAAAUCCAAAAGUCUUGAUGUUAAUGUCAAAAUUUCAGGAGCACACAAUUCUCCCUCAGAAAGAGAAACUAAUAUUUAA